GAAGAAUUGGCCGACACGGAGCGUUACUUCUGCAGCAGUUGUAAAUGCAAACAGAAGUCGACUAAGCAGUUUUGGAUACGCAGAUUACCCAACGUUUUGUGUCUACAUCUCAAAGAUUCCGGUGGCACAAUUACUUUAGGACUAAAGUGGACACGUCGAUCUCGUUCCCGCUGCGGUCGCUGGACAUGUCGCGGUUCGUGCUGGCCAACGUGCCCGACACGCGCCGCUCCGGCCGCGGCAACCAGCUCUACGACCUCGCCGCCGUCAUCGUGCACCACGGCUCCGGCGCCGGCUCGGGCCACUACACGGCGUUCGCGAUCAACGAGGAGCAGUGGUUCCACUUCAACGACCAGACGGUGCGCGCGGCCGACGCGGGCGCCGUGGCGGCCUGCAAGCCCUACAUCCUCUUCUACAUCCGCCGCGAGCUGGCGCUGCCGCCCGCCUCGUGACCCGCCCGCGUCGAGGGCGAGCGCGGUACUGCUGUAAGGCGAGCCGUUGCCAACAUCAGAAAGUCAUCAGGGCUUGGUGCCAACCUCAGAAGCAGAUGCGCUGUUGUCCGGCUCUUCACUGUCGACUCUGGCUGGAGCCUCUGCCGGUCGUACUCCUCUGACCGGCACUACGUUGGCUCGAAACACUUCAUGGAUUCCUCAAAACUUACCGACACGAGAGGACUAAUUAUGAUGACUAUGAUCACCUGUAUUAGUGGAAUGUAGCGUCUCAGAUAAUUUAAAAACGUAGUUACGUGAAAUAUUAUGAGGCAAUUACGUGGUCACAAGAUAAAAUAUAUAUUAUGUUCUAUUAUAUGUUUAAUGUUGUCGAAAAUUUAUAUAACAUUGCUACUUAUAAUUACUUCUCUAUUACGAGUUCGUUGGGAAGGCUAUGUGAAUGUCUUCACAGCAACUCUUACAAGCGUGCGACGUUCACUAACCGUUCCAGUCGCAUAUCUGAUCUCAUAAAAGGUGACCUAACCCGCAAUGUAAUGUGAACUUUCAACAUUCUCCUAUAGAUAGGCUACAAUUCGUUCUUUGAAAAUCGUUAAAUUUGUUUGCAACCAUACUCUUUAAAACUUUUUUAAUCUACUUGAUAAAGAUUUGCAUAAAAUUUACUGGAAAUACAAGUUUCCAUAGAUUAGUAUACAGAACAGGGAAUACAAUAAACGCGAAUCCCAUGCUCUGAUAUAAUCUUUGUAUAAUAAAUAAUCACCGUAGAAACUGUUUUAUUUGGUGAUAUCGGCAUUUUAGGACCUUUGGUCCAACUUGUUCCACUAUACCAUAGAUAGUCACAAAUUUGUAGUCAUUUCAUGGCUCCAGAAAAAAUACUGAGCAGGUAGUAUAUCGAUAAAUUAUGAAAUAGAUAUAUUAAUGCAUUCAUUAGAACAAUUUGAAUUUUGGGCAUUUACUAUAGGAACAAUCUAAUUUAUUACUACUGCUACUAUACUCGUGAAAGAUUUUAAAAUAACUUUAGUAUGAUGCCAUAGACAAGAAUCAGGUUUAAAAAAAAAUGUGGCAAGAGAAACUUGGAAUAUGAAAUCAGACUAAGAUCAUUCCUAGGCUUACAAUUGAGCGGGUCUCAAUGAUUUUGUGUUUGUGUGUGUUGAAAUUAUUCCAUACAGGUCGCUUCGAUAUACUUAACAUUUUUGGCUUCGUUUUCAACUAUUUAUAUAAAAAUAAAUAAAUGUUAUAAAUUAAAAUAAUUUUAAGGAAAUCGGCGUCUGUUGCUCAUUAAAAACUAUGUACCUUUCCAUAGCAUAUUCGUAGCACAAUAUUAAAAGUUGUAAGCAUGAAUAUAUUAAAAUAGUUAACUUAUUGAACGAAUCAUUUAAAUUAAAUGCAUAUAUAAAUAAAAUAUACAAAGUGUGAAAGACAACAGUUAUGAAUGUCGUAUAAUGUUUAGGUAAAGCGCGAUAAUGUAUUUGCAACGGGUAACGAGGUGUCAUGCCAUAUAAUGCAUUUCACUUAAUAUAAGCCAUAAUGAAACUGGGAUUUAGUUUGUUCUCGUUUACACAACUGCAUACUCAACAUUCCCGUGUUUGUUUUCUUUGAGUAAAAUUAGCGAAACAAAUCAUUUGUACACACAUCGGUGUUUUUAAUUUGUACUGAGCUGUUCAACGGAUAAUAUUUUUCUAGUUAGCGAUCGAUUAUUCGGUUCUAACAGGCCGGCAGAAUUGUGUCGUCUGCCGAGGUGUAAUCAUCUCUCGUCAGUCGCCAUUAUAUUGGACCCCACUCGAUUUACCAUCAGGUUCAAAGGGUUCAUUUUGCCGUGUACUUUUAAAAAAUCAUAAGUUGACUAAGCUGCAGAUUUGUGUGUGCGUGUGUAAGUAACACUCCACAUUACAAAUAAUUUGUUUCGCUAAUAUUACUAUACUGCCCCGCUGUAUAGUAAUAGUAGCGGCGGGACUUAGCUGACCGUUUUGUGUAAAACAAUGUGAUAGUAUAAUUUGUGUAUGUACAUAAACUGCUGAUGAUUUGUGUCGUGAAUGUUCUCUUUUGCUAAGUACCUUAUUUGAAUAGCAGGUUUAUUUUGUGUAAGUACUUCAAUUACUGGAAGUUUAAGUGAUUGAAUUUAAUAAAUUCGCCAAUUUAAACCAU